AUGCGCGGGCCAACGUCUUCUAGCCUUGGUGUGGGUAUCAUUGAGACGGCUGAAAGGCAGCGCGAGCUGCGGGAACUGCGAGGCCUGCGGGAGCGACGUCGAUCAUCGACUCCGCCGGCGCAGGUGCGCCCUGAGAUGGAGAGUCAGGUCCUGGCGAAGCUGAACAGCUGCAGCCACGCCGAACUCACGGAGCUGAAGUUCGUGGGACCGGUCAUGGUCAACAAGAUCCUCAUCCAGCGACGAAAAGGUGAUCAAGAUCGACUUGGGCUGGGUGCUUGGUGGUGCAUGGUCUUCGCCAUACUGAUCAUCUACGUGAUCCUCCUGGUCAAGGGCAAUUACCCCAUCAACCAAGAGACGCCAGCGCCGAGCCAGGGCCAACGCGAGACAGCUUUGGCAUCAGCACAGAUCAGGACGAACAAGGCCUUCACCCAGAAAUGUGCGCGUUGUGGCAUCAAGUGGACACAUGGAUGCGACCCCACUUACACGCCCCAGAAGGCGCCACCAGGGGCACCCAAGAGUCCACGUCGAGGCCAACAAGCAUCUUCAUGGAACUACUCUGGAUGGGGAGCAGAGCAGACAUGGGAUACUUCAGCAUGGCGACAAGAUUAUCAAGGUGGUCAGACGCCUCGCGGUCGACGACGUGGUCAGACGCCGAAAGGGGCAUCUACGAAAUCGAAGAAAGGGGGCCCCAAGAAGGAGCCAUCCUACAAGGCGCCAGCUCCAGAACCACCAUGGCAUCCACAAUAUACUGGGGAAGCCCCAGCAGCCAGUGGAGGCGAAGAAGCUCACGCGGCCACGGAGAACCUUGUGUUGCUAUCCAAUGCGCUCAAGGAGGCGAACACUCCGAUCCCGGCACAAGUUCAACACAUUGUGGCCGAAAAUUCCACCCCAGCGCCGCCUUCCAAGAGGUUGAAGCAGGCGGUGGACAAGAUAGACAAGGCUCGCAAGAAGUUCCGAGACGCGCAGUCUGCGCGACAGAAUCUCCAUUCCAACUGGCGCAAAUACAUCGCAGAUUCACUGGAAAGGUGGACGCAAUUUGCGGAGAAGUUUGGAAAGGACGACCAAGAGCUUGCGGAAAAGGUGAAAGCUGCUCACGAAAAGCUUCAGGAGACCAAGGAGGCUGUCGAGACGGCGAAGCUCGCAUUAGAGGAGCAAGAUACAGAGACGGCGAUCGAGAUCACGGACGACGAGAUGACCGACAAACUGGACUCCUCCGAAGUGAUCCAGGCAAACAUCUCAAAGAUGGUCGAGAAUCUGGCCAGUCUUCAGCAGAAGGCAGAUGCAGCCUUGUUGGAGGCGGGAGAGGCCAGGCCGAAGCGACCGCGUCUAGAAGCCACCGAACAGCAGGCAGGUUCCAAAGAUGGAUCGGACUCUCGGUCCUUGGUGCCUUUUGCACCGCCCGGCAAGUAG